AUGUCCCUUUUCACCCCUGACGUGCUCGACUGUCAACCGACUGAUCCUACGCAUGACCGCCAAGGUGCACCAGAAGCCAGGAUGCAAGAAAGAGACCUGUGGGAGGUACCCAACAGCCCUCCUAUAGUUGCAAACGCUACAAGUAAGCGACCGGUCGAAGCGAGUUCCAACGACAACAAUCGUCAAAACAAGUGCCCGAGGAACGAAGCAACAUCGUCUGAACAGCCCACUCAUCCGUCCAACAAAAGCAAGAAGAGCAGAAAGGCAACUGAUGUUUAUAUAACCCGGCGCCAAUCUAGUCGACCGAAGAAACAAACAUUCCUACCAGAUGCUGCCACACCUGAAGAAAUGAUGGCCAUUGACAGGAGUUCAUUCCUCGAAGGCUCCAAGUGCGAGAAACGCCAACAGAAUAAAGAAAAGGCAAACAGUCAAGCUUCACAGGCCUCGUCGUUUCCCCUCAAUAACCCUGCCGUUCCAACGGGGUUGAUGGGUGAGCAGUCCUCUGCGCAGGCUCCAAGAGAACAAGCAGCUCGACUGGCGACGGAAGAAACUGCAGCCAUGGCAACAGCUAUAGGUGCCGAGGGACAACCUCGCGUCGCAACUGGCCUCUCUGCCAAAGCGCAGGGGAAACAGCCUGCUUUGCCGACAAGACAGGCUCCUGUGUCCGAGGCUGGUCCAAGCAGGGAGCGAGAGGUGGUUGAGGAAUCUGCUCCAAGAACAGAGACGAAUAUUUCUACGGCAGAGACGAGUGCUCCUAGAACACAGACGAGUGCCCCUAGGACACAGAGAAACGCUCCUAUGACAGAGAUGAGUGCGCCUCAGACAAUUCACCCAAGUACUGUGAACGGCUCUGGCGGCAGUGAUGAGCAAGAGCAGCAGCAAGACUUUAGCGUUCCUAUUAGCGAUCAAGCGCAACAAGCUCUUGACUCCUGCGAGUUGAUUUAUACGACCAAUAUGGGAGACGGCGUAACGUGGAUUUGA